CUCCAAGGAGACGCCAGUCGCACUUGCUCCUUUGGCCCAUUGUUAAGCUUAUAUUUAACUGUCGUACUUGUUCAUCCAAACAGUAGUUGUAAUAUUGCAGUUACGUGUUUUUAAAUUAUAUAAACUAUUGGAUAAACGUGUGUUAAUUUGUCGAGCGGUACUUGAAAAAAGUGAUGAAUAAAUAAAAUAGCAAUAUAAAAAAAAAAUUUUUUUUUUCAACUUGUACUUGUAAAUUUCGUAUCAUUCAAUUAUUUCUUUUUUUUUUUUAACUAUUUUAUUCUGAGUAAAAUUAUUCAAAUCAAGUAACCAUGGUUUCUAGUUCGAAAAUGAUGAAUGUGAGGGUUACGACGAUGGAUGCCGAGCUGGAGUUUGCUAUCCAGCAGGCAACUACCGGAAAACAGCUUUUUGACCAAGUUGUAAAAACCAUUGGCCUAAGAGAAGUGUGGUUUUUUGGACUUCAGUAUACUGACAGCAAAGGUGACCUUACUUGGAUCAAACUUUAUAAAAAGGUGAUGAGCCAAGAAGUUAAAAAAGAGAACCCACUGCAGUUCAAGUUCCGUGCGAAAUUUUAUCCCGAAGAUGUUGCUGAAGAAAUAAUUCAAGACAUUACACUUCGCUUAUUUUAUCUGCAAGUAAAGAAUGCGAUUCUCACCGAUGAAAUCUAUUGUCCUCCUGAGACAUCUGUGCUUCUAGCCUCUUACGCAGUUCAGGCCAGACAUGGUGACUUCCAAAAAGUUAUUCAUAUACCCGGUUUUCUUGCCAAUGAUCGUCUUCUUCCUCAACGAGUUAUGGAUCAGCAUAAAAUGAGUAAGGAAGAAUGGGAAAGUUCUAUCACUACAUGGUGGCAAGAACAUCGUGGAAUGCUUCGCGAAGAUGCUAUGAUGGAAUAUCUUAAAAUCGCUCAAGAUUUAGAAAUGUAUGGAGUAAAUUACUUUGAGAUUCGAAACAAGAAAGGAACUGAGCUUUGGUUGGGUGUGGAUGCUUUAGGCUUGAACAUCUACGAAAAAGAUGAUAAAUUGACUCCGAAAAUUGGUUUUCCCUGGUCUGAAAUAAGAAAUAUUUCAUUUAAUGAGAGAAAAUUCAUUAUUAAACCCAUUGACAAAAAAGCACCUGACUUUGUUUUCUUUGCACCAAGAGUAAAGAUUAACAAGAGAAUUUUAGUUCUCUGUAUGGGAAAUCAUGAACUUUACAUGCGUAGACGUAAACCUGAUACUAUUGAUGUACAGCAAAUGAAGGCUCAAGCUCGAGAUGAAAAAAUUGCUAAACAACAACAACGUGAGAAAUUGCAACUGGAAAUAGCAGCCCGAGAACGAGCAGAAAAAAAACAACUUGAAUAUGAAGAAAGACUAAGAAGUAUGUCUGAAGAAAUGGAUAGGCGGCAAGCUGAAUUGAAUGAGGCUCAAGAAAUUAUAAGACGCUUGGAAGAUCAACUCAAGCAGUUGCAAGCUGCUAAAGAAGAGUUAGAAGAUCGUCAAAAGGAAUUAACUGUUAUGAUGGAAAAACUUGAACGUUCUCAAGAAAUGGAAGCUGCUGAACGUGCUAAAUUAGAGCAGGAAAUCCGAGCUAAGAGAGAAGAAGUAUCACGAAUCCAGUUAGAAGUCGAAGUUAAAGAUGCAGAGGCUAGACGAUUACAAGAAGAAGUUGAAGUUGCUAGAUUACGUCAGGAAGAAGCAGAUAGAGCCUUCCAAGCAAAUUCAACUCCUUAUCAUCACCAUGUCCAAGAGAACGAAGAUGGCGAAGAUGAAGGUGAGGAUGAACAACCUCACAAUGAUGCUACUAAAGAUUUAACAACUGAUGAAUCAAUAAUCGAUCCAGUUGAAGAGCGUCGUACACUUGCAGAGAGAAAUGAACGUCUGCAUGAUCAACUCAAGGCUUUAAAACAAGAUCUUGCACAAUCGCGCGAUGAAACUAAAGAAACGACGAUGGAUAAGAUUCACCGUGAGAAUGUACGCCAAGGACGCGAUAAGUAUAAAACACUGCGUGAAAUUCGCAAGGGCAAUACUAAACGUCGUGUCGAUCAAUUUGAAAAUAUGUAAAUUAAGACAAACAUUAAGUAAAAAAAUCCAAAUGCUAUAAAAUACUUUUAACACUGAUCUGUUUCAUAAUUAUUUUUGUAUUUAUUCGAAAAAUAGUGCUUGAUUUUAUGUAAGACCUAAAGGGCAUAUCAAAGGAAUCGUUCUUCAAUAAUAAUACUUCAUAUAAUACUUAGUUUGGAUCAUUUAAGAAAUGGUGUAAAAUUUACUUUAGAUAUUUUGAGUAUACGUUCUUAUAUUUUUUAAAUAUUUUUAUUUAAUAAUCAAGUUAUGAAAUAUACCACAUUUAUUUUAAUAGUAAUAAGCGAAAGGGUCAUAGUUAACAUUUUUAUUAAAAAAUUUCCAAUUUUUACAUUAAAUGAAAAAUGUUGACCCUGAUAAACUAUUGGCAGAAAUUUCAUAAAAUGAUUGUAAUUUUAUUGUUUAUUACUGUCUAUUUAUACACAGAAAAAUUUGGUUUUUUAUGUUUAUCAUACAUUUGGCCGGAUUGAGAUUGUAAAUUUGUCGGGGCAGUUUUAAUUUACAAUUAAAUUAUGUAUUUUUUUUUUACAUAUUUUAUAUUUGUAAUAUAGUUUUUCAAAUGAAAAAUAAAAAAAGGGUUUAGACUAAAAUUUCUCAAAAAUAAAAAGAUAUAGAACUAUUGCAAAUAUCAAAAGUAAAAUUCAUAAUUUAUAUAUAUAUAUAUAUAUAUAUAAAUAUUAAACGGCAUCAUAUACUAACAAAUACUUACCUUUACGAGAUGAAAUUUUCCAAUAUAGCCCUGGUGGCAUUUAUUGAAAAUACUUGAGUAUUCUAAAAUCGUAAUAACUCAUAAUUUUAUAUUAAAUACACUUGUGGCCUUUUAUAAUACAUAAUGUCAAAUAUAACAAUAUAAUUUCAUCGAGGUGAUGGCUGCGCAUUUAGUUCAUCUAUGCAUUGUUCAAUCAUUUUUUUUAUGUUUCAUGAAUGAAUGGAAGAGCAAUAUUGAAGCGAAUGAGAGCGGAAGAAGAAAAUCUGAGUAAAUGUAAAAAGAAUGUAUACAAAAAUAAUGAUAUAAAUAUUUCAUAUAUAUAUACAUAUAUAUGUUAAUGCAAUUUUCAUAAAGCAUUUUUUAUUAGAUAUAUGAAAAUGCACGAAAUAAAUGGAACGUAUUUCAUUAUUCAAAUUAUAACUUUCUUAAAACUGCCAUUUUAUUGUAUUCAAAGAAAGACAAUGGAAGGUAUAAAAUUGAUUUAUUUUGAUCGAUGAAAUACUUCAAACUCAUAUAAUUAUUAAUCAUUCUAGGCCGACAGUUCUUAAGAGAAACCUAAAAAUAUUUUCAAAUAACAUUUUUUUUGUUUUAUCUCACUGUGUAAUUUUAUUGUUAUCAUAAAAGCAAAUAAUAAAUCUAACUUUAAAAAAACA